ACCAUAGGUAAUAAUGUCAUAACAGUAAUCAUGAAGAACUAAGUGAGACGUUGUUUUCCGCAGUUUCUAGGGAAAGUUCGAAGUUUCUGAGGCCAAGACUAAUACACAUUGUUGUUCUGGACUUUACCCACUAUGCGUUAGUUUAUACUUUCGUGCCUUUUUUAACACUCUGCACGGCGGCGUGAUGAAGUCGUCCGUGAACUUGGCCGUCGGCUGGCUGUUAUUCUUUGCUGUGUUCUUAAUGGAGUUGCCGGUAAACGCCGAAGAAAAUGUGUGAAAAACAGAGAGAACUAGAAACACACGAGAUAUUUGUAACGAUCACAGGUCUAUGUUUAUAGCGGACAGUAGACAGUGCAGCAAGUAGUGUGGAAGAAGGUUUUGUGGUUUUCCUUUAUCACCGAAACGAAGCGUCCGCGUUUAAAACAGUUGGGAUAUCGCACUAUAAAAUAAAGACAAGAGUUAAUCUUUUCUCCAAAAUCUUUUUCCAUUUGUCUUACGCUUUAGAAUAGUUUGGAGUUUAAAUUAAUCUCCUUUUCCCGACCAUAUUAACUUUAUGCUACACCCCUCUUGAUAUUUUCAAACUCACGUGCAUGCGCGUUGUUUGACCGCUGUGCUCAUCGGAGUAUAUCAGACAAAGCCGCCAUAUUGACUUUCUUUAAUCGUUCUUGGAUCUUCCAGGCGCUACGAAAUUGGUUUGAUCCUUUGUUUUGGCGUUUUCUAGUCAUGUAUCAGCAAGAAUACAAUCAGAACUACGGCCAGCAUGGAUCGUACAACCAGUAUGAUGGACAUCAUGGUGGCCACAACAGUAACCUGGCUGAGAAUAACUCAUAUGCACCUCGCAUUGUUUUGGAUGAUCAUAACAGUGACCUGAACUUUGUAGUUGAGCCCGGUGGUGUGACAGGAUCCAGUUUGCACCAGGAUGGCUUUGAAUAUAUGUGGGCUGGAGCGAGGGCAACUCACGGUGUGCGGACUGGCAAGGUAUGCUUUGAAGUUCGUGUGCUAGAAAAAUUGCCAGUAACAGUGCCAGAAACAGAAACAAAUCCACAUGUUGUGAGGGUUGGAUGGUCUGUAGAUGAAGCAAACCUGCAGGUCGGAGAAGACAAGUUGUCUUACGGUUAUGGUGGCACUGGCAAAGUUUCUGUAGACAACAAGUUUUUUGACUAUGGUGAGCCAUACUCUACUAAUGACACUAUUUGCUGCUGUAUCGACCUCGAUUCUAAUCCGAGAGUUGUGCUUUUCACCAAAAACGGAAAAUACCUUGAUGUUGCUUUCCGUCUUGGUGCUGAAGCAAGUGGAAAGGCGUUUUUCCCUCAUAUCACCGUUAAGAACAUGCGCCUUACGGUCAAUUUUGGCCAGUAUGAACCAUACUUUCCACCUCUCCAGGGAUUUAGCUUCAUCUCAAGACUACCACCACAAUGUUUGCAACGUGGCUCAGCAGGUCCGGUGUCAAGGAGCGCUUGUGAAGUCAUCAUGAUGGUAGGCCUACCUGCGGCUGGCAAAACCGUCUGGGCCGAGAAAUACGCCCGUGGCCAUCCAGAGAAGAAGUACUGCAUCCUUGGGACAAACUCUAUCAUGGACAGGAUGAAAGUUAUGGGUUUGACGCGCAAACGGAAUUAUCACGGACGGUGGGAUGCGCUCAUUAAACAAGCUACUGACAUCCUGAAUAAAACAUUAAAAAUUACCGAGCUGAAGAAUCGCAAUUAUAUCCUGGAUCAGACCAAUGUGUAUUUCAAUGCUCGGAGAAGGAAGAUGAAUAACUUCCGUGAGUGCCGCAGGAUUGCGGCUGUUGUUAUCAACACCAACGAAGUUUUGAAAGAGCGAGCUUUGAAGAGAGAGGAGGAGGAAGGCAAGGUUGUCCCUGAAUCGGCGGUCAUGGAGAUGAAAGCGAACUUUGUGCUACCUGAAGUCGGUGAGAUUUUUGAGGAAGUGUGGUAUAUUGAAGAAGACAAAAAUAAUUCUGAACGUCUUGUAGCCGAGUUUCAGUCUGAAGGAAAGGCUUUCAAGGAAAAUGAGAAUAAACGAAAGCCAAAUGAGGAUAAAAGUUCAUCCUCGGAUGUCAAGCGAUACCGUAACGACCAGCAAGGACCUUCUGUGCCUUUGCCAAGAGGAUCACAAGGUCAAUACCCAGCUCAUAAUGAUCGUGGAGGUUUCCAGGGAAAUUACCAUGCGAGAGAUGGCUCAAGCAAUGUGCCUGGUCGUGUUCAUCCACCGGGGAGCCAAGGAGUACCUGGGAGACCCUAUAAUGAUUUUGGUCCUCCCCUGGGACACCCAAGACCAGGAGACCAAUGCAGAGAUUAUGGCGGUGGUCCUCGCAAGGGGUACAGUAACCAUUGGCGCCCCCAAGGAACAUACAACUCUGGGCCUCAAAAUAGGGGCAAUGGUUAUGGACUUUCUUACAGACAGCAAGGAAGCUACGGGAGUAGCUAUGGUCACAAUCAGGGACCGUCAUAUGUCUAUUCUCCAUAUCAACCGCCCAGCAGUGGCGACGCUAGAUACAACCAAUCAGUGCCCGCAUAUGGUCAGCAGUAUGGGCCAAAUUAUGGAAGCCAAAAUAACCCACAACUUUACCCCAGGGAUCAUGGAUAUUAUGGAGGGGGAGGGCAGGUGCCCCAGGGAGGAAGAACGGACCAGUAUAGGUAUGGUAGGGGUUAUUAGACUUUCCCAUUGCUAAUUGUACAUGAAGCACUGCAAACAAAAGCCGUUCGGCGACUACGGUGGCCUAGAACUGUCACGGCAAAACACCAAUAAUUCACGCCAAAACAAAAUUAACUCACGGCAAAACAAAGAAAACGAGUUGGUCAGCGGUUGUUAUUUGCAUUUGAACAUUUGAAAUGGUACGUCGUGUAAUAGUAUAAACACACUCGCUCAAAUAACCGCCAUUUUUCGAGCUCACGAUGUUUUGCUUCGCGUGUGGUUCGGUAGUGGAUGAAGAUGCAAACUUUUGUAAAAGCUGUGGUAGAGGUACGUUUUGUAAUUCUAAGUGUUCGUAUUCGCAUUUCUUUUAGUUCCAAAUAACGAUAGGCGUGAGAAGCUACAAAUUAGCUGACUAGCACGUAUCUGGAAUAAGAUUGUGCAUGUAGCCUGUGUGUAAAAAGAAAACAUUCGUAAUGAUGAAUUAAGGAUUUUUCAACAGGUAGAAAAUAUUGUACGCCUGCAAAUAGUCAGUCAAUUAUAUUUUUUCUCUUUGUAUUGUAUUGUGUUGUACUUGUUAAAAGGUAGAAAAAGUGGCCUGUGUUCAUCCCUAUAUUUUUGUACGUUGACGUUUAGACCAGGAAGAAGACUCUAGCAAUGAAAUUGAGGUGGAGAUUGAUGAAGAGACCAUUAUCAAAUAUUGUUUUCAACGCAGUUUUAGUUAUGAAGAAAUCAUUCAUUUCCUUGCUAAGCGUCAUGACCAUGAAAUAAGUAACAGCAAACUUUUAAGGCGAUUAAAAACAUAUGAACUCAAGAGAAGGAGUUUUUUAAGGCGGAUGAUUCUGGUGAGGUUUUAGAGGCAGUUAGAAAACGUAUCCUUGAGAUUAUUCAUGGACCUGGAUCAUGUGGGGGAUACAGGACGGUAUGGCACACAUUAACGAUAGAAGACUACCGAACCACACGCGGAGCAAAACAUCGUGAGCUCGAAAAAUGGCGGUUUUUCGAGCGAGCAGUGUGUUACUGUUACACGACGUACCAUCUCUAAUGUAAAUAACAACCGCUGACCAACUCGUUUUCUUUGUUUUGCCGUGAGUAAAUUUUGUUUUGCCGUGAGUAAACUUUGUUUUGCCGUGAGUAAAGUUUGUAGUGCCGUGA